UUCUGAUUUCUAAACCCUAAACGAAGAAACAUAUCGAGAUGGUUAGGUUUUCAUGUGUUCCCUUUGCCUUCUUCCUCGUCCUUGUUGUUUCCACUUUCACCAUUCAAACAGUAAAUGCUGGUGGGGAAGGAUCACUUCGCCUCCAAGAUUGCCCGAACGCCUGUAACGUUCGGUGUUCGAAGACACAAUAUAAGAGUGCGUGUUUGGAAUUCUGUAACUACUGUUGUAAGAGGUGUUUGUGUGUUCCUUCGGGUUUUUAUGGCCACACUGGAGAAUGUCCAUGCUACGACAACAUCAAGACUAAGGAAGGCAAACAUAAAUGUCCUUGAUUUUGUUAAUUACAGAUUAAUACCAAUUAAAGAUGCUAGA